AUGUCAGAAUGCAAGUUGUUACCCUUAUCUUGUUACUUCUUUUUUUGCAAAGCAUCCGAAUUUCGGAAAAUAAGAAGAAACAACCGAGGAAACAAUGACAAACCUCAUAGCUCCAAGAAACUUUCAAGCACUGUGAAACGCUAUGCUCCAGGAUCACCUUGUGAUAUAUAUACAUAUUCUAAUGAAAAAUAUUUGGACUGUCAGGAGAGGAAGCAGACAUCUGUCCUUCAGGACUGGCCAGAAGAUCUGAUCCACAUACUGCUGGCCAGAAACCAGAUACGCAUAAUAAAGAACAAUGACUUUUCUAAGUUUCGGAACCUUAAAACUCUUGAUCUGCAGCAAAAUGAACUCAGAAAAAUUGAGAAACAGGCCUUUUUUGGUUGUAAAAAACUAUCAACUCUUUUAUUACAACACAAUCGCAUUAAAACCUUGUCUGAAGAAGUGUUCAUACAUAUGCCUCGGCUCACUUAUCUGCGACUUUAUGAAAAUCCCUGGGACUGUAACUGUGAACUAGAAUCUCUAGUGACUCUGCUACAAAUUCCUCGAAACAGGAACUUUGGAAAUUAUGCCAAGUGUGAGUCACCAGUUGAGUUAAAAAAUCAGAAGCUAAAGGAGAUCACACCCCAAGUCAUUUGCCAAGAAGAAGAUGAAAAACCUAAACCAUUGGAAGGGACUAAGCCUUCUAGACCAUCUGUGGAUUCAACACUCUGUUAUACAUAUCUUUAUCCAAUAACAACACUGGACUGCAGAAAAAAAGAAUUACAGCAAGUCCCAGAUGACAUUUCUUCAGACAUCAUAAAACUGGAUCUUUCCAGCAAUAAAAUCAAACGACUGCAAUCAAAAGAGUUUGUAGAUGUUCCAAAUCUGGAGAUAUUAAACUUAAGCAAUAAUGGGAUUGAAUCCAUAGAUCCAGCUGCAUUUUCUGGCCUCAUGAAUCUCCAAGAAUUGGAUCUAUCAGAAAAUAACCUUUCUAACUUCCAGUAUGGGGUCCUGGAAGAUCUGUACUUUUUGAAAAAACUGUGGCUUAGAGACAACCCCUGGAAAUGUGAUUACCACAUUCAUUACUUGUUCUAUUGGUUAAGACAUCACUACAAUGUUAACUAUAAUGGUUUGGAAUGCAAGGCCCCAGAAGAGUACAAAGGAUGGUUUGUUGGGAAGUAUGUCAGGAGUUAUUAUGAAGAAUGCCCUAACGACAGAUACCAAGUACAUAUUGGAGUUGAUGAUGAUGAACGGGAGCAAAUUGAAGGGGCUAAAAAGAACUCAAAACAAAUUGAUUCUUCAGCAAAACGGGGAGUCCUACUAACAGUGCUUAGUUAA